ACAGUUUUUGGAAAAUAUUUAGCGCUCAAAACUUUUAAAGCUCUCUGGAGACGGACCGAAGCAUUCUACGAAAAAAUGAAGUCGAUGAAAGUUGUAGACAAUUAAAUUUCUAAUCACCCUAAUAUCAUUAGUUUAUCUCUACGAUGCUUAGUUUUCGAUAAAUAUUCGCAAAAGAAAGUGAAACCCGAAAAAAAAACAAACGUUCCAAGUUUGAUCGACACUCCCCCUUUAGUUUCAGUUUCCAUGUACAUAUCGAUGUCGGUGUAAUUAGAGGUUCGUAUCGUAUGCUUUUUUCUUUAAACUUAAAAAUCUUUAAUUUCGAUCGAUUACGAUGAGUUAAUGAUAACGUAAUUUUUUUCAACAACUACAUUGUGUUCAAUUUUUUUUUACUAAUCGUCGCGUGUGUGUGUGAAACGUUGUACAUUGUUGCGGUGCAUCACUCAUCAGCCGAACCGAAGUAUUCAAAAUCUCUGCUAUACUUUACGUUACCAAAUACUUUCUCACAUGUAAUAUAGACUUUUAAAAAAUGCGCGAAUACAAGAUCGUCGUCCUGGGUAGUGGAGGUGUCGGUAAGUCGGCGCUGACGGUACAGUUUGUCCAAGGAAUCUUUGUUGAGAAAUAUGAUCCGACUAUCGAAGACAGUUACAGAAAGCAAGUCGAAGUCGACGGACAGCAAUGCAUGCUGGAAAUUUUAGAUACUGCUGGAACCGAACAAUUUACCGCGAUGCGUGAUUUGUACAUGAAAAACGGCCAAGGAUUCGUGUUAGUUUAUUCGAUUACGGCUCAGUCCACGUAUAACGAUUUGCAAGAAUUAAGGGAACAAAUAUUACGCGUCAAAGAUACCGACGAUGUACCAAUGGUUUUGGUGGGUAAUAAAUGUGAUUUAGAAGAAGAACGCGUAGUCGGCAAAGAACAAGGUGUUAACCUUUCUCGUCAGUUUAACUGUGCUUUUAUGGAAACGUCCGCUAAGGCUAAAAUUAAUGUCAAUGAUAUAUUCUACGAUCUUGUAAGGCAAAUUAAUAAAAAAAGUCCGGAAAAGAAACAAAAAACGAAAAAGAAAUCUUCGUGCAGUUUACUGUAAAAAGUAUGUGUGUUUUUUGUAUGUAAAAAAAAUAUUAUAAUUAUAACGAUGAUGAUGAUGAUUAUAAAAUGGUAAAAAAAAACCAAUGUUAUAUCGUGUGUCGUUGUGACAAUUUAAUAAUAUUUCGGAAGUCGUCGAUACGUGUGCGUGUUUAUGGUAGUGACGCGAAGCUGGUUCGAUUUAUAUUAAAAUAUUAUUUUUUUCCUUUCUUUUUUUCUUUCUUUCUCUAUAAUAUCUCUCAGUCUCAGUUAUACUAUUGCAUUUCUUUAUAUACGAUGUGAAUAUUAUAUUUGUAUUAUCUAUGUAAUUUCUUCUCCGUAUAUUGUAAUUUUGUUAUUUUUUCUACUUUUUUUCCUUCCUCUCUCUCUCUUCUCCUCGUUUGUACGAAAUAUUUUUUUGUUAAGGUGUUUUAACCAUUACCUAUAUAUUUUUUCCCUAUUUUUCUACCUUUUUAAAAAUACCUACCUAUUAUUCGAGUUAUAUAUUUUUUUUGUUUACGUAUUUUUUUUUUUUUUUUUUUUUUUUACAUAAAAACAAAAAAAAGAAAGUCGCAUUAUAUUGUCACAGCGUUUUUAGAAAUAUUGUAUUUACAUAUCCGAUAUAUUAUUAUUUUUAUACGCAUAUAUUAUACAUUAAAAAAAAUAAAAACCUGUCGUAGAAUAAUCAUACUCGAACGUGUGUGAUUCUGAGAGGCAAAAAUUAUACAUAAAUCGAAGUUAGUACGAAUUUUCAAAUUUAAAAAAAAUUCAAAUGGUAAAAAUUAUUCGAAAAAAUUGUCAAUUAUGUUGUAAGCACCACGACGUUUUUUUUCUUUUUUUUUAAACGCACGUUUCGUUAUUUUUAAAUUUUUUUUCUCGUUCUUUUUCAUAUUCCACGUUGGAAAUUUGGUUUAAAAAUUGAUCAACUGAUUUGAGUGGUAUAAUUACUAUACGAUACCUGGAAGUACAAUGUAUCAAUUUACCUCGACGAUGUUAUUUUUUCUCCUCUUCUUUUUAGUGUAUUGUGUAAUAUGUUGUAUAGAAUUUUUAAAUUGUAUUAAUUUAUUUCGCCUUAUAAAAUUUAGUUUUUCGUUUUGUUUACACGUAAACACACAUACACCUCAAUUUACACUGUAUUCACGUUCGUAAUUUUUUUCUCUUUCGUGUUUUUAUUUAUUUAUUUAAAUUUUUUCUUCUUUUUGUCAUCUAUUUAUUUAAACGAUUUUUUUUUCUCGUUGAACGAUGUUGUCUUCCGACAUCAAUCUGUCUUAGAUGUAUUUUUUUUUCCUUUUUUUUCUCAACUUAUUUAUUAUAUCUUUGUAUAAUUCUUUUUACCAAAUCUUUGUUCGUGUUUUUUUCUCUUUUUUUUUCUUAAUGAAAUUUUAAUAACACCAAUAUUUUAUUUUGUAUACGUUUGUUUUCUCUGUUCUUAAUUUUUUUUUUGUUCCUUUCGUUUCAUUUGAAAUUCAGUUUUUGGAAAAAUGUAAAGAAAAUUUUCCCAUUUAUAGGAAAAAACAGCACAUUAUACCUUAUUCAAAUUAUAUAAAUAUUAAAUGUAAUUUUAUUUCAUGUUCAUUUUGUUUAAAAUUUUUUUUUUGCUCUCCAAUUAUUUUUAAAGAAUGUAUGGAGACUGGAUAAUGCAUCUGUAGUAUUUUUUCCCCUUAAACGACGAAUUGAAAAAGGCAACAUUGUUAACUGUCUCGUUAAUGUUGAUUUUUCAAAAAUGCUGAUGUUUUUUCUUCUUUUUGAUUGUUAUUUUGAAUUUGAAAUUUACUUAAACGCAAUAGGAAUGUUAGACCGUAUUAAUAUUUCAAAUUUCUUGUGUUCAUUUUAAAAAAGAAAAAGUUUUUUAGUGGACGCGCGAUAUAUCGUUACCUCUAAUAUUAUAUUAUUAUUAUUUUUGUUAAUUUGUUAAAUAUUAAUACGUACUUUAGCGCGAAUAGUCGAAUGGGCCAAUUUUAUACGCACGUAAUGCUGAAAAAAUAUUAUUUUUUUGUUUACGAAUAAGUUAGUUUUACGAGCGACUGAACUAGACUUUGUGCUUGUGGUAGGAGGGUUGACGACGAUGCCACUAUAUCUUAUUGAAGAGUGAAAUUAAAUUUUAUUUGCUUCGAUGAUCGAAUUUACAUACCUGGCUGAGAUGUUGUUGAGCUGUUAUUGAAAACCAUUGUAAAAAAAAAAAGAUGAAAAUGUCGGUUUUCAUGACGUAGGUGACAAACUUUGCGAGUGUUUUGAAUUUACGUAUGUUCGCUGAUGAAGUGAUGAGGCUGAAGUGGAAAAUUUCCAUAAAAAAUGUGUUUUACGAAGGAUUGUGCGAAUUCACUGUUGAGAGAAGUUUUUUUUGGGGAAGUUGAUUUCGUAAUCGUUCUAAAAAUUGUCAAUUUCGGUUUUUUUUACCGUUGCGUUAGAUUAUUUUUUCAGAUGAUAAGACUACGAUUUUACGGUUGUAAAAUUUUUUCAAAAUUACCAAAAUUUCUUCUAUCUGGUGCUAUUGCAAUGGGAGAGUUCAUCGCCUUUAAGGGAACUUAAUUAUUGAAUGGAUAUUACCGUAUUUACUGUAAAACAUUAUUCUAAUCCGAAAAAAUAUUUGCCUUGAAACAAAAACACCACACGCUGUAUACUUUAUAAUUUGUUCAUUUACUGUAUACAUUAAUAUCAUUUAAAAGGUGUAAAGUUUGUUUUAUUUAUCCAUGUUUUUCUCCUAAUUUACCAUUUUCAUCUUGGAAAAAACCACCUAGAGGAAUAAAAGAAUUACAACGACGAAGAAAAAAUUAAUUUACCUUUAUAAAAGAAUAAAAAAAAAACACGAUUCAAUAAUACCUAUAUUCAAUGAUUAUUUAUUUAUACGUUUACUCUUUUUAAUAAUUGUGUAUAGUUAUUUUUAAAUGAUAAAUUCUCUUUUAGUUAAUUGAGCCCCUCAGUCUCUCUGUUUCUCUCUGUUAUGUACUCAAAAUGGAAAAUUUUACAUUUUUUAAAAAUCUGCUAUUUAUAUCGCUUUUAAUAUUCUUACAAUAUGAGAUUUUCUAGCUCGUACUUAGUGCAAAAUUUUACGUACGAAUCGAUUUUUUUUUUUCAAGUAUACUCGUACGUGUUACCGUAUCAAUGAAAGUAACUUAUGUUUUCCAACUUGGCGAAAAAAAUUAUCGGUUAAUGGUAUAGGACCCUUAAAUGUGAUAAUUAUGUCGAUGUUACGAAGAUAUUUGGCUUACUGGAUGUAGUAAUAAAUAUGUUCAGCAUCAUCGCGAUAAUGAAGUAUAUAAAAAAAAGAACAUCUUAAUACACGCGAUAUUUUAAUAAUAUCUGGGAUAUUGCGAAUUGAUGAAUUAUUGUUUCCUGGCUUGCUCUUUUUCGAAAUACGUGACUUGUAAGGUAGAGAAAUUUUUUUUGUUAGUAUGUCACGUUUUUUGAUCAAGUUGCAGGCUUGUUUUUUUUUGGGUGUAUUCUCAAAAUGUUGAUUUAAAUAUAAAUAAAUGUGUAUGUAAUAGUAUAACUUAGUUAUAUUAUGUAUAAAUAAAGAUUCAAUUUUUCACGUG